AUGAACGUUGAUACUCCACAGCCAGUCAUACCAGGGGGCUCUUCUUCAAUUUCCUCGACAUCCAGUAAUUGCAUCACUAACAACAAUGCAGCAACUAAUGCCAGCAGUAUCCCCUCGGUUGCCAUAAGUAAUGCCCCAACCUCGGCUACCAUGGCCACACCAUCAUCUGACACAUCCGUGUCCAACGGUGUCUAUGUUCCCAGUGGCAUUGCCAACGGCGAUGUGAAGCCUGUAAUCUCCACCACACCACUGGCUGACUUUCUCAUGCAAUUGGAGGACUACACUCCUACAAUCCCUGAUGCAGUGACAGGCUACUAUCUCAACCGGGCCGGCUUUGAGGCGUCUGAUCCGCGAAUAAUCCGUUUGGUCUCCCUAGCAGCUCAGAAAUUCAUCUCAGACAUUGCUAACGAUGCCCUGCAGCAUUGUAAAAUGAAGGGCACGGCCUCUGGGAGCUCCAGGAACAAGACAAAGCAGGACAAGAAGUACACAUUGACCAUGGAGGACCUCUCCCCUGCCCUGUCUGAGUAUGGCAUCAACGUAAAGAAACCUCAUUACUUCACAUAGGAUAUUGGCAUAUGCAGUCUGGCAGCUUCUGCUGUUUUUGCGCCUCAUAAACCCCUUAUGAUGGUCAUUUAGGAUGGCCAUGGAAUAUUAAUUGCAGUCACACUUUUGUUCUGUUUUUUUUCUUCCAAGUAGAGCAUGCUUUACUUUGUUUGAAUUUGAGCUUGUAAUAUUUUAUUGAGACAAAUAAAACAUUCAGCAAUUACUUA